AGACCACCGGACGGCUUGCUCAUUGCAGUGAAAGACGAGGCGUUCAGCAACAUCACUUUUAUGGAGACGCAGUUCAAUGGCGCGGCGUUCGGGCGAGUGGACAUGCUUCACAAGGCCACCUGCAGGUCGGUGCGCGUCGUGAACUGCCACGCUCGUGGCGGCAACGCGGAGCAGGAUCCGACCAGAAGGGGCACGUGCCCACUCGCUGCGUUCAGUUCGGGGAAGCGCAAGAUUCGUGUGCGCCGGAACUCGGGUUCGCCUACGUUUUUUGACGAGCGCGUCCUGGAUUCUGACGGUCCAGUUUCCGUGGGAUGUCUGCAGCGGGAGCGC